AUUUUAACUUUUAAGACGCUUUGUGUUGUUUGUUUGCAAACGAGAGACACGCUUUGUUGUUUCUAUGGUGGGACACUGCACUGCAUACCGGAGAUAUUUGUAUAGUUUUUCGCCGAAUUUAUGGAGUUUAUUAGUAUAAAAAUGAUUUAAUGAAAAAGAUAAAAAUAUUAUCGAUCACAAGUAGAUUUUGUAUAGAAAAUCCGAAAAAUCAAAAAAGCAUAUGCCGUAUCAAAAGAUUUGUAUUCCGUUUUUACUUAAACCGACUCUACGCAAAAAAAAAAACCUAUUCAACAUUAAAAGAUGGAUAAAAAAAAAAAAACAAAAGCUUAGCACACCAUCAGAGGUGAAUCCAGAACAGAAGAAAAAGCAAAAACUUAGCAAAUCACAAGUAAUGGCAAGUCCCUCCUCUCUCUCAGAGAAGGAUAUGCAAGAAGCGAUGAAGAAGCAAAACGAGGCUGCUAUGUUCCUUGCGGGGAAAGUAAUCUCUGCCCUAGAUAGAAACUCUAACUUCGUCUUCUCUCCCGCAUCAAUCAACACCGUGGUCACCAUGAUGACUCCUGGUUCUGACGAGCAUAACGCUGUCUUCAGCGAGAUUGCUACCCUCGUCUUCGCUGACGGUAGCACGAAGGGCGGCCCCAAAAUCUCAGUGAUAAACAGAAUUUGGGUCGAGCAAUCACUUCCCUUUGAUUCCUCUUUGAAGGAUCUCUUGGAGAAAUUUUUCAAGGCUACUUUUGCUCAAGUUGAUUUCCGAUUCAAGGCUGGACAAGUGCGUCGUGAGCUGAAUAAAUGGGCUUCAGAUCACAGCAAUGGUCUCAUCAGAGACCUUCUUCCUCCUGGAUCCGUUAAAAGCGAAACCGUUCAGGUUUAUGGAAACGCAUUGUACUUCAAAGGAGCAUGGGAAAACAAAUUUGACAAGUCUUUAACCAAAGGCAACAAGUUUCACCUACUCGAUGGCAAACAAGUACGUGUGCCUUUCAUGAGAAGCUAUAAAAGUCAAUACAUCAAGGCUUACGAUGGUUUCAAGGUCCUUGGACUACCAUACCAACAAGGCCAUGAUGAUACCAAACGAAAAUUCUCAAUGUAUUUCUAUCUUCCCGACAAGAAUGAUGGAUUGGAUAGUCUUUUGAAGGAAAUGGUAUCUACUCCUGGAUUUGUAGAUAGUCACAUUCCGAGAUACAAAGUUGAAGUGGCUGAUUUCAGAAUUCCAAAGUUUAACAUCUCUUUCAUGUUUUUCACUUUGGAUUUUCCUGAACUUGAUUCAUUGUCGUUGUACCAUAAAGCUUGUGUCGAGAUCGAUGAAGACGGCGCUAAAGCUGCGGCUGUUACUUUUGGAAUGAAGGAAACAGGCACUGGUUUUCAUAUGGAGAAGAUGAUAGAUUUUGUGGCAGAUCAUCCAUUUCUUUUCUUGAUUAGAGAAGACAAAACCGGAACCAUUUUGUUCCAUGGUCAAAUCUUCGAUCCUUCGAGAAAGUCGAAUUAGGUUAGGUCCUCUGGUAGUUUUGUGAGUUGAAACGAGAUUGGCUCUGGUUAGUUCUGUUAAGAAGGUUUGGUUCGAUCAUUUUUGAUUCUUCGGUUGGCUUUGAUCGUUUCUGUUAUGAAUUUUUGAUCAAUAAAAACGUGAUAUUGAUAUUUCUAGUGG